CUCUUAAAUUUCCAAGUUGUUGUCAUUAUCCAGAAAUAGCAUCUGAGUCAAAAUCACAAUACUUGAGAAUCUAGCAGUUUUUUGUCACAGGCAGUUAUUGCAGUACAUCUUUUCUUCACGUCAUUUUUAUAAAGAAAAUUGAAGAUGCCUGCAUUAGAAGAUGUUAUGUUCCAGUUGAAGUUUUCUUCAAAACAACUUGAGAGAUAUGCAAAGAAGGCAGAGAAGGAACAAAAAGUUCAAUCGGGAAAAGUGAAAAAAGCUCUGGAACAGAAGAACCCAGAGGGAGCUAGAAUCUAUGCUGAGAAUUGCAUCAGGAAAAAGAAUGAAUCUCUCAACUUCCUUAGGAUGGCGUCCAGGAUAGAUGCGGUGUCUUCAAGGAUAAAGUCGGCCAUGGUCAUGAAACAGGUUUCAAAGAACAUGGGACAAGUUGUCAAAGGUCUGGAUAAAGCUCUUCAGUCCAUGGAUCUGCAGAAGAUUUCAGGUAUCAUGGAAAAAUUUGAGAGCCAAUUUGAAGAUCUAGAUGUACACACUCAGGUAUUGGAGGGUUCCAUGGGUGCAGCUACCACCCUCUCCACACCCCAAGACCAGGUUGAUCAACUCAUCAGCCAGGUGGCAGAGGAGAAUGGGCUAGAGAUGAUCUCAGACCUGGCCGCCGCCCCCUUGGCCGGGACCGGUACCCUGGCGUCGUCGACCGCCUCCUCGUCCCGGACGAUGGUGGAGGAGGACAGACUUACACAGAGAUUGCAGGCCUUAAGAAAUUGAGGAUGGUAAUCUUUGUUUUUUCUGUCUGUCUGGUUUUAAAAUGUAGUGUGUUUUACAAAUGGCCAAUCUCCUGUCCUCACUCCUCACUUAACUCAAUCUCUCUACCUCUCCUUUAUCCUCUCUCUCUCAAUCUCCCUUUCCUCCACACAUAUCCU